AUGUCUUCGUAUCGGCGGUCUAUCGGUGAUUCAGAUGGCUUCGGUAUCACCCUGCGUAUGGAAUCACCUCACCUGACAAGGAAGCCCGGCGUUGCGAGCUGGUGGAGCCACACGACAGCGCUGAAGAGCAAGAAACUGGUGGACAAGCUCAAGGGGGAAUUUAACUACUUAGCAGCACAGCGGAGCAAGUAA